AUGUUCAAGCUCGCCCGCAGCAGGCAGGCCGCCUCUGCGUUCCAGGCCAUCAAGGUUGGCUCUCCCACCUCACUCAAGAGUCCCGGAUCCCUUGCGACUAACACAACCCUUAAUGCAGAAUGCGNNCCUGUCAAGCAGCAGAGACGCAACCUCUCCAUCCACGAGUACCGCUCCGCCAAGCUCCUCGAGUCCUACGGCAUUGGUGUCCCCAAGGGUGAUGUCGCUCACAAUGCUGCCGAGGCCGAGCAGAUCGCCAAGGGCAUCNCGUAUGCUGAACCCAACACUCGAUCUAUACACACAGGCAAGGGUCACUUCGACAACGGCUUCAAGGGUGGUGUCAGAGUCGUCUACUCGCCCAAGGAGGCCUCAAUCCUCGCCAACGAGAUGAUCGGACACAAGCUCAUCACAAAGCAGACUGGCGAGAAGGGUCGCAUCUGUAACUCGGUCUACAUUGUCGAGCGCAAGUUCGCCCGCCGCGAGUUCUACCUCGCCGUUCUCAUGGACAGAGCCAGCCAGGGCCCCGUAAUUGUUGCUUCCUCCCAGGGUGGUAUGGACAUCGAGGCCGUCGCCAAGGAGAACCCCGAUGCCAUCAUCACCACAAAGGUCGACAUCCACCAGGGCGUCACCGACGAAAUGGCCAAGAACAUCGCUACCCAGCUCGGCUUCUCUCCUCAGUGCAUUGACGAUGCUGCCCAGACCAUCCAGAAGUUGUACAAGGUCUUCAUGGAGAAGGACGCUACUCAGAUUGAGAUCAACCCCCUUUCCGAGACUUCGGACCACCAGGUUCUCUGCAUGGACGCCAAGCUCAACUUCGACGACAACGCCGACUUUAGACAGAAGCAGGUCUUCGAGUGGCGCGACACCACCCAGGAGGACGCUGACGAGGUCAAGGCCGCCGAGUCUGGCUUGAACUUCAUCAAGCUCGACGGUGACAUUGGCUGCCUCGUCAACGGUGCCGGUCUCGCCAUGGCCACCAUGGACAUUAUCAAGCUCAACGGAGGUCAACCCGCCAACUUCCUCGACGUUGGUGGUGGUGCCACUCCCGCUGCCAUCAGAAGUGCCUUCGAGCUCAUUACUAGCGACCCCAAGGUUACUGCCAUCUUUGUCAACAUCUUCGGUGGUAUCGUCCGUUGCGACGCCAUUGCCACUGGUCUCAUCCAGGUUGUUCAGUCCAUGAACCUCAGAAUCCCCAUCAUUGCCCGUCUCCAGGGUACCAACAUGGAAGCCGCCCACAAGCUCAUCAACGAGAGUGGCAUGAAGAUUUUCAGCAUUGAUGACCUCCAGACCGCCGCCGAGAAGGCCGUCCAGUUCUCAAAGGUCGUCAAGAUGGGUAAGUUUUGGCGUUCAUUCAUCUCAGAUGUCAGGUCUCUAACAUAUUCUUUACAGNCCCGUGACAUCGACGUCGGUGUCGAGUUCUCUCUCGGUAUCUAA